CCAAAAAGAAACGUUUUUAAACCACAGUUUAUAAAUCACCUGUGACAAAUACAGCUAUUCAGAUAUAUAUUUUCUGAGCGCUUUUCCAUAUUUCUACUAGUAGCUGAAGUUAAGGUCCUAAUUUUCCAACAAGAUGGUGCACCAGCCCAUUUUGGUGCCAUUGUACACACUUCUCUGGACAUACAAUUUCCUGGUCGUUGGAUUGGCAGGGGAGGGUCACUUAAUUGGCCCUCAGAGUCCUGACAUAACACCCAUGGACUCCUUCUUCUGGAAGUACAUCAAAGACAUCAUGCACUGUGAAAGGCCUGCGACUCAGCGGCACGAGACCUCAAGUAACUCAUCUGCUAUAAGAGGAAGGAGUUUGUUGCUGUACAGUCAUAAUGAGCAAGUACAGCAUUUCUCUGACGUCCAUUAUGCUGUCCUAUCAUCCAGGCAUGGCUGGCUAUGCCACCAGAAUCUCUGCAUGUCAAGACUGAAGUGAAAAUAUGUUCAUGUCAGGACUGAAAUGAAAAUCUGUACAUAUCAAGGCUGAAGUGAAAAUCUGGGCAUGUCAAGACUGAAACAUGACAGGAAGUUACUAUUACAGUAUUACAGGAAGAAAUGUCAGUUUGAUGUAUGUGACCAGAGGAUUGAUACUUAUUUGUCCAACAAACUGCCUCUCUUGCUUUACUAUGUUUGCAUGAAGGAGGGUAACGCAUAUGCGUGAUAUCAUCUGACUUUGUGUCUUGCUCUGAUGCGUUCUAUGCGCAACAUCGGUUACUAUUCACUUUUCUUUAUUGACACUACGUGUUUCAGCCCAACCAGCCAUCUUCAGGUGUACAGGUUGUUUUGAUUGCAGAAUCUGCUGCUCACUGUAAUGCUGUU